UCCUCUCUCCGUCUCUCCCUCGCUCCUUCUACCGUUCGCGAGCUCUGCCUGCUGCUUUUUGGUGGUUUUGCUCUUUAAGUUAAUUAAGUUAAUCAGUGAUAAGAAGCGGCGUCUAGGGUUUGCCUCUUUUCGCCAGUGCUUGCUCGGCUUCGUUGCUUCGCAGGAGGUGUAGAGAUUGCACGCGUCGCUUCUUCGGCUCCUUCGUGGCUGUUCGACAAGGCUCCUUCGUCGACUUUCCCUUCCCGUCAGAUCGGAAGCUACCAAAUUUUGAUCGGAAGCAACAACGGGAGCUCGCUGGCUGUGAAGGAGAUAAGAGAUGAACACCGGCCAGGCUGACGCUGCCAGUUUGCUCGAGAGCCUCGUAGCAUCGCGAGAUGUCGGAGGUCUUUACCUUCGUUUCGCCUCCUUUUUUAGACCGUUUGAGGACUUUAUUUUCCUCGACGAUUAUAAUCCUAGCGCCGUAAGUAAAAAGACCCGGAGGAAAAGGAAACCGAAGGAAUUGCCUACUAAAGAGAAGAUCCGUCCUAUAGCCCGGCAGUUCCAUCAAUUUCUCUGCAAUGCCCUAAAGCUACUUUCAGACCUUCUCAAGAGAAGUCCCUGCAAUGGAGCGGUGGACGAUGAUGUAAUGCAGAACGAAAAAGCUAUCGAGCUACUUGGUAUCUACCGGCUCACCAUCCAUUGCCUUCUCUGUAUCGCUCCCUGCCUCACCGGUCAGCCAUACUCGGUUCAUCUUCAAUGGGGUCAGCUAGUCCGUCGCUUGGAAAUUUGGAACAAGUACAGUGAUGCUGAAGAAGAGGGUUUUUCUCUCCUGGAGAACCUUCGUAAGUUGCUGGGUACUCCUCCGUCCCUUCUGAAGUCAACCAUGUUCUUCCUGCCGGAUCCAAGUGUUGUUGGUUCAGCAGGGGCAGAUCCUCAGCUUGCCUGUCUAGUCUCUGAAGUGGUAAUAGUUCUCACAUACUGCCCUUUUAAGAGCCAGUCAAGGGAUGUGGGUGCCUUCAAGAGGAUAUUGGCGCUAGCAGAGCAACUCCAACCAUGGGUUUGUAUCAUGGAGCCAAAGGCUAUGGCAUCACGCCACAACAUCCUUGUGGAGGGUCUCUAUAGGUGCGCUCUCUUCCUGGUCGGGGAGAGCAAGUCAUUUGACGAUGAUAUUGUAUAUUCCUUCUGUCUAAAGACGCUGAAGGAGUGUAUUGAGUCACCAUCGGUGGAUCGCUUCCCAAUUAUGGCUCAUCGAAUUUGUUCUGCAAUGGAUGUGAAAUGGGACAGAAAGCCCUCGCUGGUUGUUGAUGUGCUAAUAAUGAGCUUGGAAGGUAGCUUUUGUGGGAACAGGGUUGAUUUAGUAAAAUAUGUGGAUGCCAUGCUUGGUUUUGUAUCAAAUUGUGCUGAGGGAUUGUAUUUAAAUAGGAAGGAUUCAUUUAAAGGUGGUUCAGAACUGUCACUUGAAGUAGCAGAUUAUUUGCAGCAGGCCUCAAACAUAUUGGAACUGUGCUGCAAAUCAAUAUGGAAGCACGUCAAGCUCCUAUGCCAGCCAAAUUUGUUAAAUUCUAAAUGCAUUCUAGAGUAUGGUGCAUCCAGAGAUUUGAUAAAAAAUGUCAUUAGGGAUGCAUUCAUUAAAUGUGCCAGAAUAAUAGAUGUUUUGCGCAAGCUUGGUGCCGCCAAUGUUCGUGAAGUUAUAAUUAAAAAUAUGUUUGAACUCUCUUCUGUGGAAGCCUCAUUCCCAAAUUUGUCCCUCUUUUUUCCCUUGGUGAAACAGUGGGUAAAGAUGCUGUGUAAAGAAUUUAGUGAUGUCAAUGAAGUGGAUGGUGCUCCAUUUCUUUAUUCAUUAUUGCUUUGCGAUUGUCCAACAUGGCCAAAGAAUAUUCUGGGGGAGAUUCUUGAGCAGGAACUUCUAGCAUACGAUCAACUAGAAGCAUGGAACCCUUCACUUUGUCAUAAAAUGGAGAUUAAAGUUAUUGAUAGUCUCUUGAUGGAUGUAUUUAUUGCUAGAGAGUUCAACCUGCAGAGAGCAAGGGUUCUUGUAAGGAAGGGUUUAGUUCUUAGAACUCGUGGGAUAGACAAUUUAAGCAGCUGCUUUGACUGUCUCAGUGAAGCUAUUUCUCUUCUGGAGAAUGUACCUUACGAUUCGUCUGAAGCAAAGACUCUAGGAUGCCAUCAGUUGGCCUCUGCAUACUUCCUGCGAGCACAAUUUGCUCAAGAGACUAAACAGGACUGGGAGUUAAUUCAGUGUGAUAUACAAUGUGCAAUUAAUUUACUGUCUAAACUUGACGUCGAGGCUUAUCAUACUUUGAGCGGGUACCUUAAACCAAGUGUAAAAAGUACAAUAUCCAUAUUGUGCCACACUAUUGAUCUGCUGUCUUUGAAGGGCUUCUUAAAGUUUCACUUUGAUAUGCAUAAGCUAAUCGACAUCUUUUGCAAGUUUGAAAAUUUCUCAGUGGAGGAAUGCUUGGCUAUGCUAUGGACUGGCAGAAGGCUUGGCCAUUCUUUAUGUACUUCUCCAAUUCACCCAGAUUUGCUUUCAAGGAUUUCACAGCUUCCUGAUAACAAUCUCAACUCUAUGGCUUUCUGGACAAAAUCUUUGAAGAGUUCUUCAUACUCUUUAUUAAUGUUUCUCCAAAGCUUUUUGCUUCCUGAUUCUAUUUUGAAUGAAGAAAACUUUCAAAAAAUUGAAGGACUUUGUAGCUGUAAACUUACUGUAGAGGACGUUAAGAUGGUUGCAUCAUCCCUUCUCUUAAAUGUUCCCGCAAAGAAUGAAAUGUACUUUUUUGCUGGACAGAUAUAUUACGAUUUGGCUGAAAGGCUUUUGGCAAGUGGAAGAGUAUUUGAGGGACUUUCAUAUGCUAAAGAAGCUCUAAAUCUACGAUAUAAAGUCUUACGAAAAAAGUUUAAUGUGUCCAACAAGAAACCCGUAGAGCAUGCAGAAUCUUCAACAACUAAUGUUGAACUGGACCAUCUUUGUCUUGAGCUGCUUGGAUCAGCUAUCAAUGAGGUUUGGCGAGACACCAUUAACCUAGAAAGAUGCACUCUUGGUCCUUGGAUCAUUCUGAAUAGCUAUCUUGAAAGUAUUUUGCAGGUUGGGAUUUUUCAUGAAGCAACAGGAGAUGGGCUUCAGGCAGAAAUACUUUUCCUUACAGGAAAAAGAUUUUCCAUUUUACAGUAUUUGCCAAAUUUUCAGAUUGCUUUCAAUUGUGCUCUAGGUCAAGUAUACCGUAAGAAGCUGUUCUGGGAUUUAGCAGAAGAUGAAUUAAACAUUGCUAGAAAGCUUUUACAGGAAAAUGACACCAUGAUUUCGUGCAAGCAUUGCAAGUUAACUCUUGAAGUUACAAUUGAUAUGCUAUUUGGAGAUUUAUCUAUGAAACGCUCGAAUAAAGGUUCCCAUGUCCAGUCUCAUGCUCUUGAUCUCUAUAGAGCAGCUUUUAGAAAACUGUGCAAGGAUAUGGUGGAAAGCUCUCUUAUUGCUCCCUGGAAACAAGAGAGUAUUGGUGAAUCCUUUAGCACAUGCCACCUUGAAGGCACCAAACAUAGGGUCAUAAACAAUAGUAAAUCAUAUCCAUCGGAGAAUAACAAAAAGUUACCUUCUUGUAACAUUUGUUCUUUUUUAGAAUGCCGUUUUGAUGCUCAUAAUAUUGAGCAACUGAGUUCAGCCAGAGAAACUGCACUGCCACUUUGCGCAGAAUGUGGGGAAUCAAAUGUUCAAACGACAAUCAAGAAAAAUUCUAGAAAUGGAUCAAAGCAACUUUCAAAGACAAUCAGUCAUGAUACUGAAUUGAAGCCUAGGAGAAGUUCAAGGAAUCGGUCUUUCCAUAACAAACAGAUUAUCUCUGCACAAAAUGAAAUUUAUAGCAGUGUUCCUUAUCGUGCUUUUGAUGCUGACAUAUUUAGUUGCAGAACCUCACAAAUUAAAGAGAAUGGUACUUGUUCAUUUGAUUUUGGUUGCUGCGAUGGAGGUGUUUGCCGAAGAAUGGAAUGUUUGAGAUGCCUUUGCCUCAAGGUGAUAAAAGAGGGAACCAUGCAGAAUAUCAUAUAUUUUAAAUGGCAAUGUCAGCAAAGGCGUCUUUUAUCAAAGCUUUUAGUGAAAAUGGCAAAAUCUUUGGAGGUACCUGGUGAAAAGCAGGAACCACAUGAAGUACAUGGUGUAUUUUGGCAAUGCAUCUCUGUGCUGUUUGAUGGAAAGCCUUGCUUUGAUACUAAUUCACAUUAUUAUGAUUUAAGUUUAUUCAAAUUAAUGGGGGACAACAAUAUUGGGGAUCUUUUUUCUGUUGAACGUGCUGCUUUACUGUACACUAUGAGUUGGGUCUUUUUGAAGGAUAUUAAUCCAGAGCACAUGAGCACCAAAUGUUGUUCGCUCUCCAAGGUUCAGAUGCAAGACAUCAUUUCAUGGUUAUUAAGAGCCUUCAUACUCUGCCGAGAGAUGCCUACACUUUUUCAAAAGGUAUCUCGACUCAUUGCAUCACUGAUUUUACUAUCAACAGUAGACGGUUCCAUUCCUCCGCCUCUUUGCUCGAAGGAGUCACUUUCCUUAAGCCAUUGGGCUGCAUUUUUUCAUCAAGCUUCUAUUGGUUCCGUUGUGAACUAUCAAUAUCUCUCUUUUGUUAGAGAUAAGGCAUGCAGCUUCAAGGCCGGUAAGGGCAUGGAAAGCGAGAAUGUGUUGGAAACAGAUAUGAAUGUAAAUUACAUCUCAAGAUUUACCCCAGAAAAACUUGAAAAACUUGGAGAGUUUGUCGAGGACUUUUUCCAUGGCCUACCUAGAAUUUCAAUUCUUUGUAUUAGCUUGCUUGAUGGUGAUUAUGUAAACCUGCUCGGGGAAGUGUUGAUUCUCCCUUCUUUCUUUCCGGCAUGGUUGCUUAUCUCACGAUUUGAUGCAAACAGGCAACCGAUUGUCAUGUUCUUGCCUGUAAACUCAAUUUCAGAAGGUUAUCUGCCCAAUUCUAAUUUACGCAAGGAGUUCAUACUUGAAAAUCAGGACUUGGUAUCAGAUUGGCCUUGCCCUUGGAGUUGUGCUGUAAUUGAUGACGUGGCUCCCUCUUACCGUUUCAUUUUGGAAGCAAAUUUUUCAUCUCUAUCUAACCAAGUUCUUAGUGAAGCUGAGGCCCGCCUUAACUACAACAAGUGGUGGUCUCGUAGAACGACUCUUGAUAAUGAACUAAACAAUUUAUUGAAAACAAUGGAAGAUGAAUGGAUUGGACCAUGGGGGUGCUUGCUUUUGGGUGAGAGAUUGGAUGCCGAAUCUCUGGAAAAGCUUGCUGCAAGAAUGUCCAAUUGUCUGAAUUCACAAUGUGAUUUUAUGGUAAAUGAUAAUCUCAUCAAAGUUAUUCUGAACGGUGCUCAGUCUGUAUUUGCCGCAGAAGCUUGCAUUGCUCAGUCGCUAUUGUAUAAAGGAUUCUUUGGUAGGGGAGGAUGUUGUGGAGAGCAAAGGUUCAGGGCAUUUUCUGACCAUAGUAAAGGAGUUAAGUGCAUGCUCACCUCCAUUCACAAUUUAAUAUUAGAAGCUGUAGAUGAAGGCAUGACAGUUGAUAGGCAACCAAUUAUCCUCAUCUUAGAUACUGAUGUGCAGAUGCUCUCUUGGGAGAACAUGCCAAUCUUGAAAAAUCAGGAGGUUUAUCGCAUGCCUUCGUUGGGCAGCAUCUUGUUAAAACUGAAUCAACAUUGCAGUGAAAAGAAAAACACAUUCGAAGUUAACCUUCCAUAUAUUGACCCUUUUCGUGCAUACUACUUGCUUAAUCCAAGCGGCGACCUCAGUUAUACACAACAGCAAUUCGAAGAAUGGUUUCGAAAUCAUAAAUGGGAGGGCAAAGCAGGAUAUGUUCCAGCAAUUGAGGAAUUGAUAUUAGCUUUACAGAAUCAUGAUCUGUACUUGUAUUUCGGCCAUGGGAGUGGAAUGCAGUAUAUACGCGCCGAUUCAUUUGGAAAACUGAAUCGCUGUGCGGCGGCUUUUCUUAUGGGUUGUAGCAGUGGAUCUCUGAGACAGAGAGGGAGCUAUGCACCCCAAGGCGCUCCUCUUUACUACUUAUAUGCAGGCUCCCCAACUAUCAUUGCAAAUCUAUGGGAGGUUUCAGAUAAGGAUAUCGACCGAUUUGCGAAGGCCAUACUAAGCUCAUGGACACAGGAUUCCAUUCUUCUAGAUAGUUGCAACAAAUGCGGUCAGCUGGCAGAAGAUCCUAAUGAGGAAAAGGCUAUCUUGCCGUCGAGAAGAAAAGCUUCAAAAGUCACAGAGAGUGUUCAGAAGGAGAAGUGCAGGUACUGUGAAGCCAAAUUGAGAGUCGCAUCAUUUAUUAGUCAAGCGAGGGGAGCUUGUAGACUUCCUACUAUAAUAGGCGCAUCUGUUGUUUGUUACGGCGUGCCCACCAUAUUAAAGAGGAAACAAUAGGAAUUGUUAAUAGUGAAUUAGUAGUUCAGUUGCCUACCAUAUUAAAGAGGCCCAUCAAUCUUCAAAUUGUUGAAGAAGAGUUAUUGGUGUUGUAUUAAUUUGAGAUAUGCUUAUUUAGAAUGUAGGCAACAAUUUCCACUGUUAUUAAAUGUGGCAGAUGGCUUCAUAAAAGAGAACACACUUUGUAUUAAACUUCAAAUUUUGCUUUAUGGCAGAGAGUAAUUGGGUUUAUGUGCUCUCU